CAAUACUGCAGCGGCACGCGCGCAGCUCUAUCUCUCUCGCUCCUGUCAAAAUAAUACAUGAUAACGUUUUCGUGAAAGAGGCGACGAACGGAGUUGACACAGUGUCGGACGGGGCUUGCUCGACGUCAUGUCGCACGUGCAAUACGUCGACGAGCUCGUCAAGGAGUACCUGCUCUUCCGCGGCUUCAGUCAGACUUUGCGCGCCUUCGACGCCGAUCUCAAAGCAGAAAAGGAGAAAGGCUUCAGGGUUGAUAAAAUAGUUGACCAAUUUUUGCAAUACAUACACACGUACGAUUUGCCAUCGUUACGGGAAUUAUGGGCACACUUGGAUACGAGAUUGUUCACUCGUUUGGAAAAUCAUUUUGUUCCCUGCAUAAAAAAGCUGGAAAAUGCUGUGCUCAAGAUGUAUCUUGUCAAUGCGGUGACAACAAACAAGCCUGACAAAGUUCAGGAAUUUUUUGUUAAAAUGACAUCAGAAUUACAGGGACAUUCUGAAUGGAGGGAAUGGUUUGCGCUGCCAUUUCUAAAAAAUCCAGAAGAUAAUCCUAUAUUUUCUGUCUACUUCAGUAGACAAUGGCAAGAUACAAUGAUAGUCUCUUUACACAAUUUUUUAGCUACUAUUUUUCAGUGUAUGCCAAUGCCUACAUUACUUAUGAUAGAUGAGGACACCAACAAAAUACGACGAUUAAUACAUGAAAAUAUGAGAUUAAAAGAGCAAAUUGGUGAAAUGAUAAAAGUAGAUUCAAUUUUAGAUGUUAAUGCUGGACCAACACCACAACAAUCUCCAUUGAUGGAUGAUUUUUACAUUAUAGCACAAGAAUCCCCCAUAGUAGAUAAUCCAAAAACAUUAAGAAAUCUUAUUCGUAACAUUGGUGGUGGCUCAAGUCCAAUUCUAAGUAGAAAGUCUUCAAGUAGUAUUAAAAAACAUACAGAUUCAGAUGCUACCAUAACUAAAAGAGCUAACAGUAAAGGUAGAAUUACUUCUUUGAGUAAAUCUGAAGCUAUAUCUAAAAGAAGCACAAGCUGUGAUUCAAGACUGACUAGAAAAAGAGAUUCAUCUGUUGAUACUAGUAGAGAACCUCAAGAUAAGUUAGAUAAAAGUUAUAUUCUUUUGAGUCAGGAGGAGUACAUUGAACACAAAACUUCCAUUAUUCAAUGUAAAAGUAAUGCAAGCGGGUCUUAUGUAGCAACUGGAGAUGCUGAUGGUGUAAUUAAAAUUUGGACCCCAAUUCCAUCACCAAAAACUGUAGCAACCUUUACUUCUUCAACUGUUAAUUCUAAUAAAGCUGUAACAGCUCUAGAUUGGAUCUUUAAAAAUGAGCGUUACUUCAUCCAUGGAGACAAUAAUGGUGCAAUCCAGCUUCAUGAUACACGUGAUUGUAAAACUAUUUGGGAAAUUCAACAUGAUGGCUCACGAAUUGUUUCACUAGUGUGUAAUCCUACAGAUUCAAGUUUUGUUUGUUCAGUUUCUCAAGCUGGAGAGGGGAAGUUGCUUUUGUACAAUAUAAAAACAAAGCAGGUUGAACGAACAUUACCAUUAGAAAAAAAUCUUACAGCACUAUGUUCAAGUUUUAAUCAUAAUGGACAGUUACUAGUAACUGGCCUUUCCAAUGGAAAUGUUUUAAUUCAUGAUUUAAGACGAAAUGAGAUUAUAGAUAAUCAUAAUUGUCACUUUAGUCCAGUAAUUGACAUAGAAUUAACAAAUGAUUUUACAAACAUAUGUGCUCUAAGUGAAGAUGGAAAGUUAUGCCAAAGAAGCUUAAGUCAAACUGGAAAAAUUGUUUGGGAAUCGAAAUUUAAAAUAGAAAAAAAUUCUGUCCAUGGUAAACUAUUUACUUUUGAUCAAAAAGGUGCACACAUGCUACUUUGCUCACAGACUGGUGGAAACAUUUAUAAAAUGCCACCAAAUCCACAAGCCAAAAUGUUGGAGCUUGGAGGACACAAAGGUACUUUGUGCUGUGAUUGGUCUAUAGCAAAUCAAUCUGGCACUUGCAUAACAGGUGGAGCAGAAGGUAAAGCUAGAGUAUCUACCCUUCUUGCUCCAUGAUACAGAAGUAAAGUAAAUUAUUGUAUAAAUUCAUAGUGUAAAAUAUAGAGCAAAGCACUAUUGUGAAGUGCUGGGCUAGUAUAAAUUUUAUAAUUAUACGCAUAAAAAUAAAUAUUUAUUUACAAAAUUUAAAA